AUGAGUAGCAGCAGUCAACCAUUAUUGGAUAUCAUUCAGAAAUAUCCACUCCCUAUCAUGUCAAAGAUUUCAGCAUCCUUAGUAGAGGAUAUAUGUGAUUUUUUAAAUAUCGUCUACGGGUCCAAAGUGAAGGCAAUGGAAAGACUUGGUGAAGCAUAUUCGUUCCCAGAAGAGAAUCCAGAUGGACUUUCUAAUACUGCAUCUGCGACCAGAAUGGAAAAGGAGUUAACUCAAUUCUUUAAAAGCUCUGUUAAUGAACCACCUGCUAGUCAGGCUGAACCUCUUACAAGUCAUGAUCCCGAUGUAAUGAUAUCAGGAGCUAAAAAGAGAAAAGCUGAAGAAGACAAUGCAAGAUUGCACGAGGAGAUAAAGAAGCUAAAAAGCUCUGUCGAAUUGCUUCUGAAUCAAGUGUCCAAAUCCGACAAUGGAGCUACUAUCCCCGUAACAGGUGUUUCAUUAGAGAACUCUUCUCUCUCUUCCAACCUCGCAAAAAGGGACUCCAAUGUACAACCUGUAAUUGGGAUUGGUGCCGAGUCUCAAAAUGAUCUAUUAGUCAAGCUGUGGAUUGAAAGUAAUGUUAAUGAAUAUAUUGACAAAACCUUCAAGCCAAUUGCCACAGUAAGUCAGGCUAUUUUGGCGGAAUAUGAAUCUUUGAAAAGUACAGCAAGGGCUGCAAUGAAAAUUUUACUUCGUCAUCCAGACUGUGAAGACGCCCGCACAUUAGUUUCCAAUUGUGAGAAGAGAGGUUUCAAUUUGCAUUUAACAGCUCUGAAUCCCAAAGUAGCAAGCGAGCUCUCUUUAAUUAAUAACAAUCCAUUGUGGAAAGAGAACACUGGAGACGUUGCUCUAGCAUAUAAGAUCGCAGAAAUGAAAAGGAAAUACAAUUACGGAGAAAAGAAAGAGCAGGCCAAUAAUUAUCAUGUCAACUUGUUGAAUAAGGCGCAAAGUUCCAAUAAGGAAGAUAGUAACGGCCACAAUAAUAAUGUUAAGGAAAAACCGAAAUUGCCAAAACUAUGCCAUAUUUGUCAGAGUCCAAACCAUCUAGCAGCUAAUUGUGACAAGAGGAAUAAAAAAGAUGGUUCCCUCUACUCGUUUUUUCAUUCCUCAAGAAGAAAUAAUGGAAAGGAAAGCUGCAAUUCAUUCCAUUUCCAACAAAUGGUACGAAUGGCAGAAAAGAGGAGCGCCACAAGCGAUGGUCAUAAUGUUGAAAGAAGGAGUGAAGGUUGUUACUUCCAAAAACUUCCAGAGGUAUCAUGGGAAAGUCGAUAUUUCAAAGUGGACCAAAAAGGAGCAAGAAUGGUUCAGGAAGGAAAUUGCUAUGUUAAAGGAAAUUGGAGCCAUAGAGAAGACAGACAAAGCAGAAGUAAUUGCAAGAUAUCGUUUGGUUCCGAAGAAAGAUUCGUUCCGUUUAAUAAUAGAUCUUCGACCACUCAAUCGAUUUUGUCAAAUUCAGAAAUUCAAGUACAAGACUCUCAAGAAGUUUCUAGAAUUUGUACCGAGAAAUGGUUCGAACGUUUAUGGAUCUUCGUUCGACAUGAAGAGUGGUUAUCACCAGAUAAAGGUGCAUCCAGAUUCUCGCAAAUAUUUUGCAAUAGAAGUAGAUGGAGAAAUAUAUCAGUUUACAGUACUUCCCUUUGGAUGGAAUGGAUCUCCGUAUAUAUUCACACAAGUGAUGAAUCAAUUUGUAUCCUUUUUGGAAUCAAAUACUCUACAUUUGUCAAAUUAUUUGGACGAUAUUGGUUUACUACAUUUUGGAGAUUUCGUAACAGCUCUAAGGAAUUUAGUGACAGUUUCGAAAGAAAGCCACUCUCUAGGGAUUGUGAUGGAAAAGAAAAAGAGUUUUUUGACACCAAUGAAACAAUUCCAACUCUUAGGGAUAUUGAUCGAUUUAGAACAGAAGAAACUGUUUAUGACAGAUUCAACGAUCAUGAAGAUCAAAGGUCGAAUACGAUGGGUUUUAGAUUCAGCAAGAGAUUCACAACAGAUUACAUGCAAAGAUCUGUACAGAAUUACGGGCGUUGUUGUUGCUUACUUAGAUUGUUUUCAACCAGCUCAAGUUAUGUUGAAUCCUAUUUAUUCAUACGUGAUGAAUCAAGUGUCAAUGGGUGGAUGGGAUCACACUUUUGUAUUAAGAGACAAAGAUGUGCUCAACAACCUAAAAUGGAUUUUAGGCAACUUAGAUUUUUGGAAUGGGAGACUAUUUCAAUUCCCAAGUCUUGUGAAUUAUUUUUGGACGGAUGCGUCCUCUCUUGGUUGGGGAGCCUUUUUCAAAGAAGAAAAUUUGAAAUUACACGGUACUUGGAGAGAUUCAGAAAGAGAUCUUCAUAUCAAUAUUUUAGAAGUGAAAAGUAUUUGGAUUGCCUUAAUGAAUUGGAAAGAAUAUUUCCACAAAAAGAAUCUAAUUAUUUACACCGAUUCGAUGGUGGCUUUAAAUGUCAUAAAGAAAGGAAGAGCCAAGAGCGAGAUUAUGAACAAGAUUGUUCGAGAUAUUUGGAGGAUUAUCUUCGAAAACAAUAUUCAACUGUUGUCGUUGGAGUGGCUUCCUUCCUCAGAGAAUGUAAUAGCAGAUCAACUGAGCAGAAUGAAAGAAGAAGUAGAUCCGACAGAUUGGGAGAUCACUCAAGAAGCAUUCAACCGAGUUCAGCAGCAGUUGAAUGUCUCAAUAGGUUUCGAUCGAUUCGCCUCCCAUUACAAUUUCAAAGUGGAACCCUAUUGUACAAGGAUGAGAACGUCCCGAACCGAAGUGGCGGAUGCUUUCAGUCAUUUGUGGAAAGAGCCAGUAAUCAAUUGGUGUUGUGUUCCCUUCAACCUGGUAGGAAGAGUACUACAACAUUGCCUGGAAUCCAAAGCUCAAAUGGUCUUAGUGCAUCCAGUGUGGAAAACAAGGUGGUGGUGGAACCUCGUAGAGAAGUAUCAGGUAAAACAACUAGUUUUAUCUGGGCAAGAUUUCGUUCCCACGCGGAGCGGAAACGUGGAACCACACAAGAAAUCUUGGAAAAUCGUGGCAACGUUAAUCGAUUGUCGAUGGAAAGUUUGAGACAUUAUGCAAGUUUAAUUAUUCCCUGUCAUAUUAAGGACACUACAAGUAAUAAUUACGACAGUUAUUGGUUUAGAAUGAUAGAUUUUGCUGUAAAGAACGGUUUCACUCCUCCUCCCUCUGUUGAACUUGUUGUAGUAUUCCUCACAGAUCUGUUCUUGCAAACUCCUUCAGGAUCAAAUUGUAGAGCUGCAAGUUUUGCGAUUCGGAAUAGAUGUAAAUUGUAUAUGGUGGAAGACCCUACAUCACAUCCGCAAGUUGAACAGUUAAUUUCUGGAAUGUGUAAUUUAUCUAUGGUCGCCUCGGAGAGAGAAAGAUCACCGUGGAGUAUUGAGUUUAUCAAGAAGUGGAUUGAUGUCGGUAGCUCUUUUGUCUCAAAUAAGAUCUUUGUUAUGUACACAGCUUUAAUGAUAAUUGGUAUUAGAACCAUGUUCAGAGGUUCUGAGUUGGGAGGACUACUUCUUGAAGAUAUCAAGCUUGUAUCUCAUCCAGUGAUUGGAUUCAAAAUCACAGCCAGAACGACAAAGAAUAACCCAAGAGGAAGAACGGCUUGUAUUGAGGCAACAGGCUCUCCGUUAUGUCCUUUACGAUGGUUGAAACGUUUGUUGGAAGUAAGAGAUCAAGGUAAAUAUCUCUUCACUGGUUCUCAUGAAAUGAAUACAGUGGAAGUUUCAUGGAUUUUGAAACAGAUUGCAAUUUGGAUCGGAGAAGAUGGGAAAUAUUCAUCUCACUCACUGCGUAUUGGUGGAGCAACCGAAGCUAGUUUCGCCAAGUUCUCAGAAGCGGCAAUUAAGGCCAUAGGUGACUGGUCUUCUAAUGCUGUUGACAGAUAUUUUCGUUCAGAAUUCUCAGGCGAAAGAAAUGUCUCCCAACAGCUGGGUCUUUAG